AUGAUUAAUACAGCAGACGCAGACAAUGCUAAUUUGAAAUUGGUCCAUGACAUGCUUUGGAUAAAUCACACAUGUCCUCAACAGGCUGGUACCUCUAGUAGUUUUGAAAUUGACAUAAAGAGGACCCACGACACAGCCGUUGAACAAUGCCAGUAUAAAUUCCCUCUUCACAAAAUCACUCUUCUUGGUUAUUGCGUUAGACCCAGUACUUUAUGUGUUAGUGCUGAGUAG